AUGGAUGAAUUACCGGUGUUGAACAACCUCUGCAAAGACCUCUAUGAGAGUGUCGACCCGCAAGUCCGUCAUCGGGCAGAGAUGAAUCUCGCAGAACUCUCUGAAUCGCCAGAGUGUCUUCAGAGGUGUAUGUUGUUGCUGGCUAGAGGAGAUCUCACGUCUCAUUUUCAGUACCCAUAUGGACCGAUGGUAGCGAGCACUACCCUUAUGAAACUUCUCGGGGGAAAAACUAGCAUCACAUCGACGCAGAAACUGGAACUGGCCAAAUAUCUUCUGGAGAUGCUUGGACAAGGAGCACCUCAAUUCCCGUCUUAUCUUGUAACAUCACUCUGUCAGUUGUUUGCUCGGCUCACAAAGCAAGAAUGGACGUAUCAAAGCUCGGAAGCUUCAAAUCAAGCAGAAGAUGCAAAGGUUGAGUAUCCGUUCCGAGAUCCAGUAGACAGUCUUGUUAAAACUAUCAACAUGGAUAAUCUGGAGGAGAGCAUGCUUGCAGUUCAACUUCUGACUAUGCUUGUAUCCGAUAUGAAUUCUGCAGCUGGAAUGGAAUCGGUUAACAAACAUCGUAAAAAUCUGUCACAAUUCAGAGACGAUUUUCUCUACGAAAUCUUCUCUGUGUCUCUCACUUUCUUAAGCGAUAACGUUGAUAGGAAUCUCAAUGAUCGUCAAAUUGCACUUCUUCAUGCAGUUCUGAACUUGAAUCUUCAAUGCCUGCUCUUCGAUUAUAUUGGAAGUCUUACCGACGAAACUAGUGAAGACAAUUGCAAUGUACAGAUUCCUACCGCAUGGAGAGCUAGUUUUACAGAUGGAAAAAUUGUCCAAUUGAUGUUCAAGUUGUUGACAAAGUUACCACAAGAAUCCAGUGAAAAAGUCAUGACGAUAAUAGCACAACUCGCAAGCAUUAGGAGGACUUUAUUCAAUGGAACGGAGCGACAGGCAUAUGUACAGAAGCUCGUUGAAGGAGUUGUCAGCGUGAUUAUGAAUCCAGAAAAGCUGAGUGAUCAGGCUGCAUUCCACGAGUUCUGCCGUCUUAUUGCUCGUCUCAAGACCAACUAUCAACUGUGCGAACUCAUCGCAGUUCCCUGUUACAGUCACAUGCUCCGCCUUCUCGCAGAGUUCACGGUACAAAGCUUAAGAAUGAUGGAAUUCUCUGCUAACAGCACCUACUUCCUCAUGACAUUCUGGCAGCGAAUGGUGACAUCGGUUCCUUAUGUGCGAAACAAUGAUGAGCAUCUGCUCAAUGUUUAUUGUCCGGAAAUUAUGACGGCAUUUAUAGAAAGCCGAUUGCAGCACGUGGAGAACGUAAUCAGAGAAGGAGCUGAAAAUCCGUUGGACGAUCAAGGAUCUACACUGCAGAUUAUGGAACACUUGGCCAUCAUUUGCAGAUGCGAAUACGAGAAGACGUGCAAACUUCUAACACAACAUUUCGAUCAAAAUGCGAAUAUUUGGAUGAACGGUUCGGAAAACGAUAUCAACACAACGAUUGCUGAAGGACGUUUGGUGUGGCUAAUCACUCUUAUUGGAACUGCUGUAUUUGGAAAGACUACAUCCACAAGCAGCGAUUCUCAUGAUAAAAUGGACGGAGAAAUGAUAGCUCGUUGUAUCACGGUUAUGAGGUUCAACGAUAAUCGUCUCCAAUUGUCGAACACCACAAUCCCUCUAAAAGGAAACCUCCGAUUGGAAGUUUCCUUCAUUCAUAUGCUCGAACAAUUCCGCAGAGCUUACAUCAUGGACCAGAUCACACGUGCCAGUUCAGUAUAUGAUACACUUGAAGCAGAGCUGCGUAUUGCAGAAGAGUCCGACAUGCUGGGAGUCAUUGUUCAGAAGAUUCUGACAAAUCUCAAAUUUUGGCCAUCUAAUUCUGAGCUUCUCGAUUUGUCACUUUCAUUGCUCAAGGACUUGUCUCUCGGAUACUCUGCAGUUAGAAAGCUGUUCCGCCUUCCAGAAGUUCAGUUACUGCUCAAUAACCAUACAGCUGACCAUUUCAUUUUCCUCGGACCAACUAUCGAUUAUCAGACAAUGAAACAGAGAACAACGUUUUACGAAGCACUCACUCGCCUCUUGACUACAGAUUAUGCUGAUGACGAGGAGAUGCUUCAAAGAUUCCUACGACCCUUGACAGGUACGCAUUCACAUUUUGAAACGAAAAGUAAUUCAUAUAUUUCAGAUACAGUCGAAGGAAUUUGCACAGUUAUACAGAACAACUGUCAAGGAAUUGAGGAGGAGCAGCUGAAGGUUUCCUAUUUCCUUAUUUGCCAAAACUAUGUAUUUAUUUUUCAGAAAAUCAUCACUGGCUUGUGCAGAGACUUACGUGGUGUGGCUAUAGCUUCAACGACGAAAGCUAUUUUCCAGAUCCUGUUCGAAUGGAUGUACCCCGAAGUGUUCAAUAUCAUGCAAUUCUCUGUUGAAAAGUGGCCUGGAUGCGCUGAUGUUAUCACUCCAAUCCUUCGCCUGCUCUCCGAAAUGGUACAAAAUCGUCAACAAAGACUGAAAUUCGAGAUGAGUUCUUGUUCGGCGGUUCUCCUUUUCAAAGAGACAUCGAAAAUCGUUUCGAUCUACGGAGAUCGCCUUCUUCAGUUGCCAGAGGUGUCCAAAGAUCGAGUUUACAAAGAGAGAUACAAGAACAUUGGCGUUAUCUUUUUAAUUCUCAAAAAUGCUCUCAUCGGAGCAUAUGUACCAUUUGGUGUCUUCCGACUUUACGGCGACUCUUGUCUCCAGGAUGCCCUCACUACUUUCAUCAAGCUAUUCAUGAGUAUUCCUCAAGACGACUUCCAUAGUUACACGAAGAUUGCUCAGAACCAUUAUAAUUUGUUGGAGCAUGUGGUUCAAGAUAACAUGCCGUUUGUGACCAACCUCUCAGUUGACGUCUUCUGUUCACUGUUGCGUUCGAUUCAUUCUGGACUCAGCUCGGUUGAUGCUAUUGUGAUCACUUCUGCGUGUUCUUCUUUGGAUACAAUUCUAAAUUAUUUGUAUCGCAGAUUGACUCGAUCGACACCACCAACGAACAAGGUUGGAAUGGAUCCAGAAGGCGAUAACAUUCUCAUUGCCAUUAAACAACAUCCUGAUAUUCUUGCGAAGAUGCUGCAAGCUGUAAUAACAUUGAUGAUGUUCGGCGAAGUCAAGUGCCAGUGGAGUCUCUCUCGUCCACUCCUUGGUCUCAUUCUCAUACAAGAAGACGUCUACUCCAAUAUGAAACGCGAGCUUACUUCUCAACAGACGUACGACCGCCAAGCAGAUUUCGAUCAGCUCUUCACCCAGCUUAUGUCAAAUGUCGAGAUGAACUUAACCGUUAAAAACAAGGAUACAUUCACUCAAAAUCUGACUCGUUUCCGUCGUGAUAUUGCGUUGGUGCUCAAAGGGCAAUCCUUGCCAGCGAAUUCUGUCAGUCAGGAGAUGCAAUAG